CAUUGUUUAAAAACUUUAAGAUCAUUUCUCAUCCAAAUAAUACAAUUUAAGGUCGUUAAAGUUAGGCACACGGCAACAGACUGGGAUUUAGGCCUAAUGAACAUGAUUGAAAGAGUGCACAGGCAAAAAGGGCAAUAAUCAACUAUAUAGAUCUAGAUCUAAUAACAAAUAGAAAAUCAAUUAUGACGAUUAAUCCUGAGGUCUCAUAUCCACAUGUUUAAAUCUAAUGACAGUCAAUUAGGUCUUUAUCUACAUCUUGAUAUUAAGAUCUAUUUCCUCUUUAAAUUUGGUUUACAAAAACGUAAUCUCUUGAAAUGAAAUGGUUUUUGAUCGUAAAAUAAAGGGGCUGUACUGUAAGUGUAACCUCUGACCUGGGCAAGCGAGCACCGGUAUAUUAUUAUUGACACUGCUGAGACUUGAUCGAGUGAGCACACAGCGUCCACCAGAUCUAAAAAGGCAACAUAAGGUCAUAAGGAUAAACAGGGUCAGUUGGUCAAUAUAGAUCUACGCACUAAACUCUAGUAGAGAACUACGCUAGAGUAGACAUACUCCACAUAGUACGACAUCUCUAAUGGCUUCUCUUCAAGCAGAGCUUUAUUACUGGCCAUCUUCAUUUUAUUCUCAGAAGGUAUUGUUGGCACUUCAUGAGAAGAAAGUUAAUUACAAGUCAAGAAUUGUGAACUUGUUUGAACAUGAAGUCAAUGAGCCUUGGUUUGUUCGCUUGAACCCAAAUGGCCAGGUUCCUCUGCUCAAGCUAGGAGAUAAAUUUAUCAGCCAAUCAGACAGCAUUAUUGACGCCGUGGACCAACUAAAUAAUGCUCCAGUCUUGGUGCCAGACUCCAGUACACCUGAAGGCCAGCUGACCAAGCAGUGGAGAGCCAAACUGGACAGUUUUAAUGUAGAGGGCUUGACAUUUGGUGUUCUUUUGAACCCAGAAUUAGCUGUGGAUGAAAUCAAGGUUCCUUCAGCUUAUAGAAUGACAAAAGAAGAGUAUAGGGUUAAAAGCUGCAAAUCUGUCGAGAGAUUAGAGAAACUUCGUGAACAGUAUCCAGAGCUGAAAGAAGCAUACGACAUAAAAAUUGAAAGAUAUAAAAAGCGUGGUACGUCAAUGUUUGAGAAAUCCGACACGGUGGCUGUCAUGGAGGUAUUAGAGACAUUGUUGGACGAGGUUGAAGAACAGCUCCGCAAAAGUAGAUCAGAAAACAUCAUAGAACACUGGCUGUGUGGGCCAAGAUACACAGCUGCUGACAUUUCACUGUGUGUGCUACUGGGCCGUCUUGUCAGCAUUGGACUUUUGUCCAAGUAUUUAAAUCCAGCUAAGCGUCCAGCACUCAUUGAAUACUGGAACCAAGCACGCCAGAGACCAAGUGUGCAGAAAGGGAUCAUGGGAGUCAAGAGCGCUGUACUCUGGUACCAAGUCAGGAAAGCUCUUAAAAAAGUUGUAGCUGGAGCAGCUGUAGCUGGGGGUGUGGUGGCUUUAGGAGUGAUGAUUGGCCAGAAGUACAAAGCUUAAAAUAGAAUUAGAUUUGAAUGUUUUAAAUUAGUGGAAAAUUGAUGUCUUUGUAAUACAUGCUAGAAAGAUAAUCUUAAAAACAAAAUCAAAUAUAUAAUAAUAUAUAUAUAUAUAUAAAUAUACAUGAAAAUUGCGUACUAGUUGGAACAUAAAUGCAAAGUAAAGGAAUAAUUGUCAUAAAACAAAAAUUCUAUUGACAAAACAACAAAUAAUUAGUUGUUUUUAUUUUUAUUAAAGAUCUUUUAAAUAAUAUACUUUGAAAACAGGUAGAAGUCAAAGUUUAUUAGAAGCAGGUAUUUAAAAAAAUAUUAAUAGAUAACAUAUUAGUUUCAUGAAUUCAAUAGAUAUUGAUUAAGUGCUGAGUGAUCACUUUCACAGAUUCUUUAAAGACAUUUUCUAAAAAUGCAACAUAUUCUAUUGUACAUAUUCUAUACACAAACAAAAGACUAUUUUUUUUUAUGAAGCGGCCUAGAUAAACUAGUUUCUGUUGGGCUAUAUGGGAGUAUCUUCUUCUUCUUCGUUCUCAUUGUUAUGUUGGAGUGUUCAGAUGACUAGACCAAUACAUGACAUGAACUGCGCAGUGGUUUCCAAAUCAGGGAGCUCUCCAUAUAGUUUUCUUUCUAUUGGGGUGUUUUGGGGCCAGUGUCUUAUACUGGCCUCUUGGUAAAGAGAGCAGUUUUGGAGGACAUGGUCGGCAAUCUCUGGUGAUACUCCACAUGGGCAGAUUUCACUGGUUAUGGGAGUAUCUAAAUGUCUGCAAGAUCUGAGAUGUAGUAAUUGGUAAUGCAAAGGCUGAGCAGAACAUCUAGUAACUGUUGUACAUUUUUAUUGAAAAUGUUUUAACUUUGUAAAACUUUUUGUUUCCAAUUGGUCUCUGUGUGAUGGUGGCUAGAGAAAGUUAGAUUUAUGGCCAUCAAUGACUUAAUUGAAUUUUGAAAACAAGAUCAAGUUUCAAACUAAUAAGUUUGCCGAGUAUGUCAUUGGUUAGCAUGCAUGACUAGAUGAUUGACUCGUAGGAUGUAGCCAUCUUCUUUUUUGAAGUAACAUCUGUAUUUUAUAAGAUAAGAUAAUGUCACAUUAAACGAUAUUAAGUUACUUUAUAUAAAAAGUUACUGAAAUAAACAAUGAUAAACUACUUAACUGUCUUUCUCACUUAAAUGGACAGAGAUGUCUAUGUGGACCCAUUACAUACAAAUGUGAAAAGAACUGUUCUUCAUUCAAACCAUAACUCUGUUACAAGUAAUUAUUUUAAACACUUAGGCUAUUUGCUUUAAAAAAUAUGUGCCAAUAUCACAAUAGUUUAUUUAAGAUCAAGUUUUGGUUUUUCAUAAUGUGUCUAUUCUUUUAUAAUUAUUUUUUGUAUCAAAGUGAUGCUUCCAGCUGAGUACAAUCUUGCAUUGAUCUGUUUCCCCAUUGCUUUAAGUAUGCCUUUAAUUAAAAAUAAAAUUCUACAUUAUAAAUAAUUUAAUUAUACAGAUUACUAUCCAAGAUCUUCUAAGAUGUAUUCAACUGUAUUAGGUCUAUUGAGAUGGCUGUUUUUGAUCAGUUUUACUUUACAUAAACAAAACAAAUUUAAUUUGUACAUAUUCUCAUUUUUGUUUAUCUACUUAAUGCACCAAAUAAAAGAAAGAAGAAAACUACUUACAGUUGUAAUCUACUUAAUAUUCUAUGUACAAUCGAACAUGUAAUAUGUAAAUAAAAGUUUGGGAAUUUUUGUUUCCCUUUUGCUCUAAGGAAAUUUGCACACAAAUAUUGAAGACAAAAUGAUUGGCCAGAAUGUUGAUAAACUGUAGGUGUAAAUUAUUUUUUUUUAUUAAUAACUCAAAAUAGACUAGUAUGAUGAUAGCUUUGGUCUCAUUUUAUAGAAGGAUUUCUCUUGAGAAUGACUAAGGAGUAUUAAAUGUAUGUACAAACUAUCAAUAGUAGAGCUUGAGUUCUUGUAUUCGAGUUUACGUCUCUCAUUAACAUGCAUGACUAGAUUAUAAACAUGUAGAUACGCAAAGGAUGUAAUAAUUUAUUUUUUUUAAGGAAUGUCUGUAUAGAUUAAGAUUUAGUGAAGUUUUUUUUUGUCUCUUUUCAAUGCUAGUGAGAGAGAAACCAAGUUAGUUUUGAUGGACAACUUUCGCUGUGAAGUUUUUUUAGAAAACUUUUUUGUCAUGUUUAAUCACUUCCCUGUCUGCAAAAUAACUUUCAGGAAAAUUCACUUAUAACUUGAAAGCUCAAAAAAGCUGACAUUUUUUAGCCCAUCUUUCAUGUUUACAGCCUGGUCAGUGCACUAGGGUCCAAUCUCUUUUGUGGAUGUGGGGUUUUUCGGAGAAGGUUUCUGUGAUGCCUUUAGGCGCUCAGCAACACAACUCAUGUCAAGUCAGAAUUUGAUAUCUAGUCAAGUGGUUUUCACAACUCAGCCACACAUCCCACUUCAAAUAAUCUCAAGUUUGUUUCCCUUUAAACAUGUCCAUUUACUUUUUCCAUAUUCACACUCAGGUCCUAAACAAUAUUCCUAAUUGCUUGCUUCAGAUCUACCUGUUUAUUAGCCAACAAGGCCACAGAUAUUGUAACUAAACCAAGUCUCUGUUCACAUAACAUAUAAUGAGCAAACAAUUUUUGUUUACUAACAUAUAUGAGAAGUGAUAUCUGGAUGUAAUAGUGACAUUAGAUUUGCUUACUAUUGUCACAAAAUGUUUUUGUAAAUUUUACAUUAUGAGAAUCUUCCAAACAAAUUAUGGGGCAUUUUACCUACAUCUACAUAGAUUUAACUUUUGCAGAUAAUAGUUUUGACAUUUUUAAAUUUGCAGACUUUGAUUAAUAUGAGAAAAAUUCCUUUAUUCAUUUGUUGUUUUUUUUUGUAAAUGAAGUUGGCUAUUAAAAUUUGUAGCAAAUCCACCAAAAUAAUUUUUUAGAAGGUUAUUAAGAUUAAAAAAUUGAGCUGUAUUUUACAUUUGUAAACAAAUUAUUAUCCGAAUCUUAUGUUUGAUCUAGGUUGUUUAAUUUAAUCUGUAAAUAUAGUCCAAUCAGACCAUCAUGUUUUAUAAAUGAUACUUGAUUUUAAAAAAAAAUUCAAACCCAACAUAACCAAAAUAUAAGUUUUAAUUUGAUGUCUCAAAUUUUUAUUUGGCCUUUUUUUUUUUUUUUUAAUUUCGUAUAAAAUGUUUUGGAAGUUCCUUAAUGAAAGGAAGAUUAUUGCCCCCUAAACUAACCUCUGGUAUGAUGGUAGGAGAUGGCAGUGGGCAGGUUUGAACCUGGGACCAGUGAGAUGACAGUCCAAAGAGCUUACAGGUCCAGGCAGCCAGAAGAAUUUAAAAAAAAAAAGUAAAUUUCAAAUUUGAGCAAGACGCUUUGAGAUCACUUGAUGGUCUAAAAAUUGUUCAAGACUUUACAAGAGUGUUUUAUUGACUGUCAAAUUCGGAAAGUUGAAUAGUUUUGAGAUAUAAAACUACCUUUAUGCAAACCCCAAAACAGUUUGCCAAUAUAUAUUUUUUAUUUUGGUUUUGUAUAGUUCAUCUAUGGUGCAAAAGCAAGCUCAAUGCACUGUGGUCUAUCUCUUGUGGGAUGGGGUUAUCUGGGAAGAUUCUGAGCUGCCUUUAGCAAACACAACUCUUAGUGCAAUUAGAUUAACCUUAAGCUCUGUACCUCAGUGAGGAACUUUUCCCAACCCAGGAAGUAGUUGUUUUUUUUAAUCUUACUGUUACAUUUUUACUGCUUAAUUUAUACUGCACAACAUAUCGAAAUAUUUAUUUUAUUACAUCAAUGAUUGCAAACAAAUUUUUUAAAAAUUGAAUUCCAUUUUUCUGUUUUUAUUUACUAUGUUUUUUUUAUUUAUAUACCUAUUUGCUGCUGUAUCAAUGUUUUCUCUACCAUUCAUGCUUCUGUUGAUUAAAUAGAAUCAUCUUACUAUG